AUGGCUUUGCGCAAACUAGCCAUACUCUUUCUCCUCACAGGCCACGCCUUAGCAGCCGCAAUUCCAACAUCUCCUCCUAUCCAACCAAAUACUUUUCGCGAAAUUUCAUUCCCGUCCAUCAAGGACUCGCCAACGAAUCAGGCCGCGUCAUGGGCUUCGUCCGAACGGGACCCACCAGCCGAUAAGAGAUCGCCGUACUAUUUUCCUGAGACCAUCCAAGACGAUGAAGACCUUGAAAAUGAAGUUUCAUUGCGGGAGAUCGCUAUGCGCGAGGCGGGUUUCAUCCCCUCGAGCUCCCGAUCCUCGGGAGAAGUGCAAAAGUCAAGUCGUCAUCCCGUUCCUGGUUCCAAUGCUGGGAUCGGCGCUGCCAGUGUCGGUGCCGGUGACAGGGCCAGGUUUGCCGGGUAUAUGGGCUCGAGUUCGAAGCCGAGCGAGCAGGGCGGGUUCCUGGAGGAACUUACGACAGCUGCAUACGAAGCUUCUGAGGAUGAGCGGACUUUGUGUCCGCCGUUUGGGUUCUUUGUUGUUGCUGCUGUUGUGGUCUGUUUCGUUACUAUCCUGAGAGGAAUCGGUGCCAAGAAGUGA